AAAAACCCUAAACCCCCCACGGUGGGUAGUUCGAGGGACCUGCAUCGAUGUGGGCUGACGCAGUUGUUAAAUACUGUACAAUGGACAUGGUUCCCAAAUUGAAAUCAAUUGUGCAUCCAUCCAUCAUUUCAGACCUCUCUCUCUACUCUGUUAUAUCCGGAGUUCGGCUCGGAGCUCGCAGGUUGGCGUUGUUGUCGUUGCUGCAGGGAGGAAGCAGCAGAGUUUGUGUUUUUGAAAUUGGGGCGAGCUAGGAUUGUGGUGCGGUUUGUGUGAUUCGACGACAAUGAUUUGGCCCUUGCUAGAGGAUACAAUACGGAAAGGGGACAAAUUGAUACAAGAUGGUGACUUAUUGAUAGUGUACGAGAGUCACAAGCAGAUGAAGGCUGUGACAGUUUCAAAAGGCGGGGAAUUUCAGAAUCGUUACGGGCUUUUUGCGCACAAUGACUGGAUUGGGAAACCAUUUGGUUCUAAAGUCACAGGGAAGAAAGGCGGGUUUGUGCACCUCCUGGCACCAUCACCUCAGCUGUGGACUCUUGUCUUGACACACAGGACCCAAAUUCUGUACAUAAUGGAUAUCAGUUUCGUAUUAGCUUACUUAGAGGUAAGGCCUGGUUGUGUGGUUAUGGAAUCCGGAACUGGAAGUGGAUCACUCACCACAGCCCUAGCCAGAGCUGCUGCUCCUACUGGUCAUAUAUACUCUUUUGAUUUCCACGAACAGCGUGCCGAAGCUGCCAGAAAAGACUUUGAGAGGAUCGGGUUGAGUAACUUCAUUACUGUAACCGUGAGAGACACACAAGGGGAAGGUUUUCCUGAAGAGUUUGCAAACGAAGUGGACGCCGUAUUCUUGGACCUGCCUCAACCGUGGUUGGUCAUACCUUCGGUAGCCAAAUCAUUGCGAGCAGACUCUCCAGUUUGCUCUUUUUCACCUUGCAUGGAGCAGGUCCAGCGCACUUGUGAAGCGUUGACAACGACCGAGUUUAGAGAUUUGAGAACUUUCGAGGUGCUGGUGCGCACAUACGAAACGCAUGAAGAGUAUUUCGGCACGGACAUUGGUUUAGACAUCGUCAACAAUGAGAUAGAAGAUGCUACGCUUCAUACUCCAGGAAGUUCACCUCCUCAUAAGCGUUUAUGCCCCACGGAAAUGAAAACCACGAGUGCUGAGGAAAAAACUACAUCUAACAAAAGUGAGGUGAGUGGAAAAGACAAUUGGAUGAAAAAAGGUCCAAAGAAAGGAAGAGGUAGGGGAGAGCAGCCACAAGGAUCCAAAUGUUCAAUAGUGGCUCGACCGGAGGCAGAAGCCAAGGGCCAUACUGGUUAUCUCACUUUUGCUAGACGAGCAGUGUAGAUCAUCAUCAUUGGAGUUCUCUUUUUCGAAAUAAAAUCAAUCCAAAAUUUUUGUGUACUUAUUAGGUUGUCAGGUUUUUGCUUUCCCUCUGUUCGUCGGUUUUGUAUCGAGUACUUAUGAAUAAUUACUCUUUCCAAGUUAUCUUUAUUGCCGGAGAGUUUCAUUGGCUUGUGAAAUUGAAUCAUGAUAAAUAGUUGACAUCCCGUUGAGAACUGUGUGUAGUGUUCAAACAUAGGUUGCCGUGGGCUUUCCUAAUGAACUGUACUGACCAUACUCUGGAGACAAGCUACGAUCAACUGCUGAAUCCAAUUUUGUGCUGGGAGCAUAGACUUCAGUGGAUGUAGAUUUUUAUGUUGCAGGGCAACUUUUGUGAGAGACUGUUUCAAAUACGAGGUUAGUUGGCGAAUCGUGAGUUUCUUCCUGCAACGUUCCG